CGAACGAAAGGUCUCCCCUCCGUUUCUCUCCCGCGAGUGCAAAUUUCUUUCUUCCUCAUUCGUCUCAGUCGCUCUUCUAAUUCGUGAGGACUCGGCUCACUCCUUUUAACUGCACGAUUCAAUCCUCAUCCUCUCCCUUCUCUCAAUUCCAGUUCUUACUAGAACACAAUGACGCUGGAUAGCAGUGCCCGGACGACAUCAAAUGCUCCCAACAGUAACAAGAUUACGCCGCAAAUCAAGAUUAGAAAGCCUCCUCAUCGUAAAACUUCUCCCGUCAAUUGGUUCCCCCGCAAAAAAGUGGAUUCUUACUUGAAUAGAAAAAUUAAGAUGCUCCAGGAACUAGAUGGUAUGAAUUUGACACUUGAUCAGACUCUAGGCAAUUCUAAUCCGCAUUAUUCAAGAGUGCUGAGAGAGAAAAUGGCAGCAAGAGAAUCUGCUAAUAAGGCAAUAUUGGCUCGAAGAGCUGCAUUGGUGGAAGCCUCUUGGUGUCGUAUCUUACGAGCUGCCAGGAUACCUAGUGAUGAUGCUGAGGCUCAACUCUCUAAAGCUGAAAAGGGUGCAGUGGAAGCCUUUGAGGCAGCCCAGUCUAUGGGAGUUAUCAUGUAUGAUUUGUCAAAUUGCCCUAAGAAGCAUUGUCGAAUUGAGACAUCCUCUGUUAAUGGAGAAGGAUCAUCCACUCAUAUGGUUACUGCAUCUUUUGAAACUGCAUUUGACGUGGACAAGGAAGUAGCUGCAGCUGUCAAAACAGCAUUUGUCAGACUUGCAAAUUGCCCUUCCUUUAGCACGGAUGAAUUCCGAGAACUGCUAAGAAAAAUUAAUGAAAACCCAGACGCGGAUGACAAGAAUCAGGACAUCUCUGAGUUCUCUUCAGAGUGUGACUCUGAAUCUGGAACUGAGCUUGACUUGAAUAUGCCACCUCCAGGGACAAGUCAUGGGAAAAGUAGGAGGAGGCAGUCCCUUGAAAAAUUCGACAGAAUAAAGCUUGUGGGCACAAUGCUUGAGAGGCUAAAAUGUUUGCAAGAAGAUGAACUUUCUUCACUUGCCACUAUAGUUGCAACUUGUGGCCUAAAUGCUGCCUUGGCUCAAGAGCAUAAUAUCAAGCUGCACAACCCAAGCUCUGCUAUUGAUCAUACCUCCUCUUCGAUUCUUAAUUUUCCAGCAAGAAGAAUGUCAUUGCUGGCAUCAGGAAAGAAGCAAGUUGGGUGUGAAAUACCAAGUCUUGACAAGUUUUUGGUUAAGCACAUGACCAAACUUGAGAGAGAGAUUCAGGAAGCCAAGAAUAAGAGAAGAAAUGAGACAGAAUCAGACAAUGAUAGAUCUCAAAAAUCUGUUGAUGGAACUCUAUCUGAGACAAUAACUGACUUGGGAAGUAUUCUUGUGAAGAAUUAUUCAAAAUUUGAGAAGGAAAUCAAUAAGGCAAAGUUGGAGUUCCAAAAGGAUAUACCAGCAGUUCAAAGUGACAUGCCAAACCGUCAAAAGGAUCAUGCUGAAGUACCCAGCUUGGACAAGUUCUUAGUGAAACACAUCUCAAGACUGGAAAGGGAAGUUCAAGAAGCCAAAAGCAGAACAAUCAAUGAAGGAAAAAUUACGAAGUUAGGAGCUGAUCUAGGGAUUUCCAGUGGAAUGGAUUCAAGUUCAUCUUCUGAAGCAUUGGCGGGGAAAGAAAACGUAAACAUAAACAAGGAGAUUAGUAUGAAUUCUGAGACACAAGAAAAACGCUGCAACUUAGAGAGAAGUACAUCUGUAGCUCCUUUGGAUGGUGCAAAUGAUGUGACUGAGAACAAAGAUGGCUUGGACAAGAUUCUGAAAGAGCCUAUACACGGAUUGGAAAGAGAGAAGAUGCAAGCCUUGUCCCUGGGAGGCAAUGGAGAAAAAUAUAGAAGGAACCAAGCAGUAACUGGUGUUACAGAAUGUGAGAGCCUGGAUAAGAUUUUAGUCAAGCAUGUCUCCAGGUUAGAGAAGGAGAAAAUGAGGUUCAACUCAGGGGGAGAAAGAGUACAAGUUAAAAGAGAUAAUAGACACAUCCAUUUGGAUGCAAAUGCUGAAGGUGGUUUGGAUCAAAUUUUGGUUAAACAUAAAUCCAAACUUGAGCGAGAAAAGAUGGUGGCUUCAAAGCAAGAGGAGGAGAAUCCUGUUAGUGCCUCUAUGUCUCGGCGAGAAGCAAGGGAGAGGGAGUUGCUACAAGCUUGGGCAGGGUUGAGCUUAGGAAACUCCAUUAAGCCUCAUCUCUCUAAGCUUGAACUAGACAAGGCUGCUUGGAUUAAGGCAGAAGAGGAGGAAAGGAGGCAAGCAAUGAAACAAAUAUGAUGAUAGGUCAGAUUUGGUUUUCAUCCGUCUGGAUAAGCAUUCAACACCCAUUGCCUUUUCAUAUUCAACAUGCUACUGUAGGAUUACAUAUUUUUUGUAUAGUUUAUAUUUAAAAAAAAAUUUGAGUUAUGAAAUGAG